AUGCCUGGUGCCUGCUCUACUCCAGGACAGUGCCUGAUCCAUGCUGGGAUGAUGUGCCCGUGACUGCUCUGUGCUGGGAUGAUGCUCAGUCCAUGCUGGGAUGAUGGUAGAUCCAUGCUGGGGCAGUCCCAGCGCCUGCUCCGUGCCGGGAUGGUGCCCGUCUGUGCCAGGACGAGGCGCGCUGCGAAUUGGUGCGCCUACGUGGUGACGCGCAGCGUGAGCUGUGUGGUGGAGGAUGGCGUCGAGAGCUUCAUCAAGCCAGACUAUCAGCCCUGCCCCUGGGGGCAGCUCCAGUGCCCCCGAGUCCUGGCGUACCGCAGCUUCCUACGGCCCCGCUACAAGCUGUCCCAGCGAACGGUGUCCGAGCUGGCUUGGCGCUGCUGCCAGGGGUUCUCGGGUCCGGACUGCAGCGAGGGCCCCUCUCCAGCGGCCCCCCAGCCCACCGGCCGGCCCCCGCCCCGGCCCGGCCGCCCCACGCUCUCCGGCUUCGGCAACCCCCUCAGUGGCCUGGGGGGUGAAGGCGGCGGAGACGCGGAGAAGGUGCGACGGCUGGAGGAGCAGGUGCGGCGGCUGAGCGAGCAGCUGGAGGAGCUGCGCGCCGGGCAGGAGCCGCCCCGGGCGGCGGUGGAGGGGCAGCCCGGGGGCGAGCAGCCGGCUGACGCGGCCGCCCCCGCCGAAGUGCGGGAGGCGCUGAGCCACCUGCAGCGGCGCCUGGAGGAGCUGGAGACCCGGCUGCGCCGCACCGAGGGCGGCCGGGACGGCCCCGGGGGCCCCGGGACGGCGGCGCUGCAGGAGCUGGAGCAGCGGCUGCAGGAGAUGUGCGCCGCCUGCGCCACCGGCACCGAGGGGCUGCGGCGGCAGGCGGCCGAGGACCGGGAGCGUAUGCGGGCGCUGGAGAAGCUGGUGGGCUCGGUGGACCAGCGCAACAGGGACGCGGUGGAGUCGGUGCAGCGGCACAUCAGCAGCCUCAGCAGCCGCCUGGCCCCCGCGCCGCCGGCUCCCCCGUCCCCGGACCUGCUCCGUCGCCUGGCCGAGCUAGAGCGGCGGCUGGAGGGGCUGCCGGUGCCGGCAGCGGCGCCGGGGCAGGGGCCGGUGCUGGCGCGGCGGCUGGCCGAGCUGGAGGGGCGGCUGAACGCUUCUCGCGCCGGCCCGUGGCCCUCCGAGCCCGAGGGGCGGCCGGGCGGGCUGCCGGGGCGCCUGGCCAACCUCAGCCGGGCGGUGGAGGGGCUGGCGGCCAGCGGGGCGCAGCGCGGCGCCCGCCUGGACCAGCUCGAGGGGCUGCUGGCCCGCUGCGGCCGCCCGUGCCCGGGGCACGACGGGGUGCUGGGCCCCCACCCCCGGCAGCCGGAGGACGCCGAAGGGCUCUGGGAGGACGGGCUGACCGAGACCCUGGGCGGGGCGCGGGGGGAGGCGCUGGCCGAGGAGCUGGAGCUGCUCCGCAACAGGACAGGGCGGCUGGAGGCGGCUCUGGAGGACCUGAGCGGUGACCCCUGCGCCCGGCCCUGCGCCUCGCUGCCCCCCCGGGAGGCGGAGCGGCUCCCCGCGAAGCCGGAGGAGCCGGACGCGCCGCUCGAGGGCUUCGGCGUCUUCGGGGGCAGCUCCCCCUCGGGGCUGCGGGAGCUGCGCGGGGAGCUGGCGGCAGCGCUGGCGGCCCUGGGCGGGCUCAACGCCACGGUGGAGGGGCUGCAGGACGCGCUGGACGAGCAGGACGCCCGGCACCGCCAGCUGAGCGCCCUCACCGACCGCGUGGUGGCCGAGCUGGACCAGGCAGCGGCGGCGUCGGCGGCGCGACAGGCGGAGAGCGAGGAGCGGCUGGAGGCGCUGGCUCGGGAGCUGGCGCGGGCCGGGGGCUGCCCCGCGGGGCUGGAGCCACGCGUGGCCAAGCUGGAGGGGGUCUGCGAGCAGCUGGAGGCGGUGGCCGGGGGGCUGCGGGGCGUCCGCGAGGGGCUGGGCCGGCACGUGGCCGGGCUUUGGGGCGCCGUGCGGGACCUGAACGCCACGGCCCGCGCACAGGCGGCUCUGCUGGACAAGGCGCUGGAGCUGCCGCCCCGGCUCGGCGCCCUCAACGCCAGCCUGGGGCACCUGCGCGGGGAGCUGCAGCGCCUGGCACGGCUGGAGCGACAGGGCCCCCCUGGUCCCCCUGGACCUGCUGGCCCCGUGGGCGAGACAGGCCCUCCUGGCCCCACCGGGCCCCCUGGCAAGGAUGGAGAGCAGGGUCCCAUGGGCCCCCCCGGGCUGCCUGGAGAGAGAGGUAGGGCUGGGGCUGGGGGGCCUGGGGUGCAGGGAGGACCGUGGAGGGCUGGGGGCAUGUGUGGAGCUGGGAGGGGCCGGGGGUUUGCGGUGGGAGCAGGGAGCAGUCUGGCCAUCGAAUAA